AUGGUUCUGCUCCACGGAUAUGACCGAGCUUCUGGCAUGGCUGCUCACAGAUCAGGACCUUCCCGCAUGGCACACUGGGCGAGUGCAGCAGCAGGUGUUUUGUGCGGGCAUGUUCCCAAUUCCUGUGCACUAAAAUUGUGGAGGGACUGGAUUAAACGGCAGAGAGGGAAAGGGACUGCUCUCAGGUCAAGUAUGCAGGCAGACAGCCAGGUAGGAGCGGGGGCUCCGCGGCUCCCCGUGGGGUCGGGGCCGCCGCCGCGGUGUCCUCAGCCCCGGGCGCUUGUGUCUCCCGCAGAGAAGCAGCGCGCCUGCCUGCUGCCCCCCGACGACGGCCCUUGCCGCGCCAUGGUGCCGCGCUGGUACUACGACAGGUACACGCAGAGCUGCCAGGAGUUCACCUACGGGGGCUGCCUGGGCAACGCCAACAACUUCCUCACCCCCGACGACUGCGAGAAGAGAUGCUGGACCAUCAAGAAAGUGCCUAAAAUCUGCAGGAUGGAGGCUGAUGUGGGUCCCUGCAGAAGCUACUUCAGAAGAUAUGCCUUUAACCUGAGCUCCAUGAGGUGUGAGGAGUUUGUCUAUGGUGGCUGUUAUGGAAAUGACAACAACUUCAAAGACCUGCAGUCUUGUGUGGACCACUGUCUGCCAGAGAAAACUGGUCCCUUGCUGUGCUAUAGCCCAAAGGAUGAAGGAUUGUGUUCUUCUUCUGUGACUCGCUAUUACUAUGACACCAAGAGCAAAACAUGUAAGGAGUUCAAAUAUAGCGGCUGUGGUGGAAAUGCCAAUAACUUUGUUACUGCAACAGAUUGCUACAAUGUUUGUAAAAAAGCAGGGAAUCAGAAACCAAGGAUCAACAAGCCAACAAAUCUACCCCGCAGAAGAAUGAUGAGAAAACUGGUUAAAAAAACGCAGAAAUAUAACCUGAAGUCCUAAAGCUGGUGUGCAUCCAAAUGUUUAAACAUCUUCUUUUGAAUUAACUUUCUUCUUUUGUAAUAUAGUUUCCACAGUUUUAUCA